AUGGACCCAUACACUACUCAAACCCGACCCUACCAGAUGGGAUCUGCCACAUACAAUGUUCUUGUAUCCGACAGUAGAAAUCCCGUCAGUUACCCCGAUGCUGGAUACACCAUCGGUGCUAAUAAAAAGAUGCGGUGCGUUGGAGUGGAUGAGUACUCUGGGGCGCAGGAGUUGAGUGUGUCUGCGUAUAUCCAGUUUAACGAUGGCCACGAGGUUUCCAAAAGGAGGGUCAGAGCAGAAGUGGACGUUCUAGAGGAUACGGCCAUCUUCAGCUACUUGGCAGCUGCUGUCGAGCCUGCUUGGCCCCAGGGGUACGGCGUGUCGCUGGUAGGGGGUCGUGACGGCGACAGCAGCGGCACCAGCGGCGACAAGUGUCGUUCGGCAAGGGAUAGGCCGUCAGGCGCGUAUCGGCCGACAUAG